AUGAAGACUCUCAGCCUCCUCGCAAUCUGCGCUCUCCUCUCUGUGUGCUGGGCCACAGGAGGUAAGGAACAUUUUCAGAACAUCGCUAUUCUUGUGGAGUCUUUCGUCGAUGGCGACUCCAACCACGCAGACAACGGUGACGUUGCCGAAGUCGGUGGAGACAACGGCGUUGCCGCAGACAGCGCAGACUCUUCAGCGUCCGACUCAUCCUCAGACUCAUCCGAUUCUGACUCCGAUUCCAACUCUGACUCUGCCUCUGAUUCCAACUCCGACUCUGCCUCCUCCUCUUCCUCAUCCUCAUCCUCAUCUUCAUCUGAGUCAGCCAGUACGGAAGCUUCUGAAGAUGCUCAAGACUCUCCAGACUCUCACGUGGUCAUGAAGCGUGAUGUGGCUUCCGUUCUGCUGAGGACAAGACGCCAAGCCCCCCUCUCCCUUCACCAGUUGGAGAGCCUGAGAGAGGUCUGCGAACUGAACAGGGGCUGCGACGAGAUGGCCGAGACGCAGGGCAUCGUGGCAGCCUACACGGCCUACUACGGACCCCCUCCCUUCUAA